AUGAAAAACCCUACUAUGCAUGCUGGAGGCACUGAGGAUCCAACGGAAGUGGAAAGGAGUGUCAUUGAUAAGGAAGUUAGGAAGUUUGUUACAUCUGUUUUGAAGGAAGUGAACCCAGAUGUUUUGCCAGAUGUUCAAAUAUCUUUGGCAAAAGAAACUAGCCCUGACAAUGAUUCUAGUGAAAAAGCUGAGGAAAGUGUUCCUGAACAUGCUACUCUUGAAAGAAGGAGUAAGAAAAAGGCUGAUGAGUGUGUCCCUAAGCAUGCUGCUCAUGAGAGAAGAAGUAAAAAUAAAGUUGAUCAUGUUGUCAAUGUUGAUGAACUAACUUCUAAUGAAGAACCUCUUAUCAAUAUUGUAACUCCUAGUAUAGUUAAGAGACAACAAAGACCAAAAGGAAAGGCCGUGGAGUUUGAAGAUUCUCCCUCCAAGGAGAUAUCAUGGAGUAAAGUUGUUACCCCUACUAGAAAUAGGAAAGUUGUCUCUUCUAGUGAUUAUGAGUUUGAUAUCGAAAAGGAUUUCCAGGACAUCACGGCUGUCAAAAUAUCUGCUACCAAGAAGCCUCAUGUUGUUGUGCCCAAGGCUCCACUGGACAAUGUUUCUUUACAUUAUGUAAAGAAUGCUGAAAGUUGGAAGUAUGUUAUUCAAAGGAGGGUAGCCAUGGAGAGGGAAUUGGGUAAGGAUGCUCUAAAAUGUAAGGAGGUUGUAGAACUUAUAGAAGCUACUGGGUUGAUGAAGAUUGUCACAAAAUUUGGCCCUUGCUAUGAAAGCCUAGUCAAGGAGUUUGUGGUGACUAUUCCUGAUGGGUGUGAUGAUGUGAAAAGUACUAACUAUAGGAAGGUUUAUGUUAGAGGAAAUGUUGUGACACUUUCUACAGCUAUGAUCAACAAAUUUCUGGGAAGAACAGAAGAACUUCCGGCUGUGCUAGAGGUUACAAAUGACCACGUGUGUAAGGAGAUAACUGCCAAGUAG